GUGGCCGAGGCCGACCGUGUAGUGGAAAUGCGCCAUUAGUGCAGUCGACAAGACCAUGGAGGAAACGUUCAUGCGCUUUGCCAAAUCAUCAGGUGGCUUCACUGGACUAUACAGCCAGUUUGGGGCAUACCAGAGGUGGUGUCAAACAACCUCCACACGGGCACAGUUUUAUCAAAAGACCCUUGAGAUGGUGGACCUCAUCAAAGACCCAGACUGCCCAAGGGCGGGGAAACAUCGGGAGCUGGAGAAGGCAGAGGUCAAAAAGGGUGAGGAGGCCAUUCAGCGAACCAUCGUGACAAUUAGGAACUUUAGGAACCCCUUCACCAUCUCAGACAAGGACAGGCUCUACUCCCUGGCUUCUGGUGCUCCUGUCCUCAUGGAGGUCGAGAUGGACGUGCUACAAGCAGAAACUGUGGACAAGGCUGCUAAAGCUGAGUUCAUCAAACGGCUACAGAGCAGAGAGCCAGCUAGCUUCUUUGACCCAAUCAAAAAGAAGAAGCUCAAGACCAUGGAAGCUUGUAACAAAAAGGUCACCCUCACAUCCUCACAGGGAAAGGUCAUCCAGUAUCAGGAGCAAAACAAUCUUGCUUUCCUGCUCCUUGUCAAGUCACAACGUGCAGAGGACCCAUUGGUCUUGGAGGAACUCAUGAAAUAUCCCCUAAUGCCUGUGCCCCCUAGCCUUGGGACACCAGAUGGGUUUUUCUCCAAGACUAAUAAAGCGGCUCUUCUGCACUACAAUCUGGAGGACACCACCCCAAAGGAUCUGCCAUACCCUAAGGAUGCCCUGUUCAUCCAGGAUGGCAUGGCUCUGCUCCAUGUCCUCACCAACCUUCCCCCAACAUGUGGGGAGAUAUGCCUACAAGUGCUUGAUCAGAUGGUGGCCAAAAAGCACUUUUUGUUCUCGACUGACAGUUACCAUCCAGGAUCUAUCAAAGCACAGGAGAGGUUGAGACGUGGCAGUUCAGAGAAGAUCAUUUUGGCUGGACCAGCAACCAGGAAGCCAUAUGACUUCAAGAUGUUUCUCACAAAUGAUGACAACAAAAAGCAACUCUGCCAGCUCCUGCUGCGAGUAUGGAGUGAUCAACAGGCAGCUUCAAGGCUGGAGAGAACAGAAAUGGCAGUGCUGAUCGUGGAAGGGAGAGCCCAUCAACUUCUCUCCUCAAACGGCAAGGUUGAGGUACGUGAGCUCCCCACAAUCUACAGCAACCAGGAAGAGACUGAUACAAGGGUGGUACUCUACCUUCAUCAUGCUGCUGCCCUUGGGUACAAGAAUGCUGUAGUCAGAACACCUGACACAGAUAUCUUUGUGAUUCUUCUUUACCACGCUCAUGCCAUCAGGCUGACUAUAUACCUGGAUACGGGGUCAGGGAAACAUAGACAACUUCUCAACCUCUCUGAGCUUGCAGAAUCCCUGGGAGAAGACUACUGUGCCACACUUCUUGGAUUCCAUGUGUUCAGCGGAGAAGACUGCACCAGUGCCUUCAAAGGGAAGGGGAAGGUGGGGCCCUUGAAAAAGCUGGAGAAGAACCCAAAGUUUCACAGGGCGUUCAGUCAACUCGGUGACAACUGGAAUGUCAAGCCUGAGGUGCUGAAGCAGUUGGAGCAAUUCACCUGUCUGAUAUAUGGAGAGAGUCGUGAGUCUUCAGUGGACGUAGUCCGUGCCAAGUUGCUGCGCAAAAUGGUGGGGCAGGACGAUAAACUCACUGCCAAGUCUAAGGUUGACCUGGCUCGCCUUCCUCCAUGCUAUGAUGCUCUGAAGCCGCACGUCCAACGUGUGAACCAUCGCGUCGCCCUGAACAAGCGAGCUGAUGAAUCAAUUUUAGAAAAACCAAACCCCUAUGAUGAGGAGCAGGGAUGGAUGAGGACUGAUGGAGUGUUGAGACCGGUGUGGUCCUGUCCUGCCAACCUCCCUGGUUGA